AUGGCCCCAGGGACGCUGAUCGAAGAGAGCGACGAUGUGAAUGGGAAUGGAUAUCGUGCCUCUCUUCAUGGUACUGGAGAAACCAACGGGUCCAACAAAGCGACAUCCAUAAGUCCUAUCGCAGCAGUAUUACCUUCUCAACAAUCAACAAGUGAAACCGACAUAUCGUCUCUCGUCGCCCAUCUCUCGAAAAAGUACUCGAAUCCAUCGCUCCAGGUCACCCCCGAACACACCAUAGAACUCUCAGAUACGCCAAUACCUCAACCUGGGCCGACCGAAGUGCUGCUUCACAUCAAAUGCUCAGGGAUCUGUGGCUCAGACAUGCAUCUUUGGAAACACGGGCGCAUUGGACCUCUCAUCGUCAAAGGUCGCUGCGUUCUAGGUCAUGAAGCGGCCGGAGUUGUCCUCGCGGCCGGGGAUCAGGUCUCGACUCUCAGAGUUGGUGACCGCGUUGCCGUGGAACCCGGGAUGCCUUGCCACGAGUGCUUUUUGUGUCGUAGCGGCCGAUACAAUCUGUGCGAGAGCGUCAGGUUCUGUGGCGUCAACGAGGGCUGUGACGGAAGUAUUAGGAGAUUCAUGUGCCAUGAGGCGCGAUACUGCCACUUGAUGCCCGAGACAAUGAGCUGGCGACAAGCGGCACUGCUGGAGCCGCUGAGCGUGGUGAUGCACGCGGUGUCGGAAUGUGAAGGGAGAGUGGCACUGGGCAGGCCAGCACUGGUGUGCGGAGCCGGGCCGAUUGGCUUGAUCGCCCUGCUCGCGGCCAGAGCCAGUGGAGCCUGGCCGCUAGCCAUCACAGACGUCGACGAGACGAGACUGGACUUUGCGAGGAAGUUGGCCCCCGGAGUGCACACGUGGAAGAUUGAUGCCGCGUUGACGGACGUCCAGAAUGCAGAAAUGGUGAGGAAGAUGUUUGGAUGUCGAGGUGACCGGGACGUCGAGCAAGGUGUGCCUGACCGAGAUGAGUAUCUCGCUCCUCAGGUGGUCUUGGAAUGCACGGGGAUCGAAACGAGUGUCGCCACGGCUGCUUACUCCUGCCGAAGAGGAGGAUUGGUCAUGGUCAUCGGCGUGGGCAAGAGCAAGAUGAACAACCUGCCGUUCAUGCACAUGAGCCUGGCCGAGAUCCAGCUCAAGUUCAUCAAUCGCUACCGCGACACGUGGCCGGCCGCGAUGAACGUCUUGGGCGAGGGCCGGGUCCUCAAUCUCGAUCCGCUGGUCACACAUACAUUUGGGCUGGAGAGCGCGGUGGAGGCCAUGGACACGUGUGCAGAUCGUUCAUCAGGGAGCAUCAAGAUCCAUAUCGUGGAUAACAUAGACGUUGCGUAG